AUGAGAAAUAAAUUUCAUCAAUUCAUUCGUCCUCAAGAUAUUCAGCCUCAUCAGUUCUUGCAACUCGGCACUACCAUGAGCAUUCAAUAUCUUCAUCUGGGGGAGGAGAAGAAAGUUUUGCAAAAACUCGCCGAGCCUUCCUCAAGUACCUCGGACUCAAAAAUCUUGAAAAUUUCUGCCUCCGUCAUGAAAAUUUCAAUAUCUGCGUUUCCUUUUCAAAAUGUAAAAGAUAAGAGAUAUAAUAAAGUUAUAAAUUUUGCAAACACCUUACUAAAAAGCAUGAGAACUUUUCUAAACAACUCGUUGUUUCUUUUUAUUCCGCCUCCAAAAUCUCGAUUUGCUCUCGUAAUUUAG